UAUUCCUGUUUUUCUCUGAUAAAAUCACAUACAAUUAUACUGAUGCUCACAUCUGCUGAGAAAUAUAGUUUCAUGUCGCUCGUGAAAGUGUUCAUUAGUUGCUCCCUUUGAGGAACUUUGGAGGGUAAGGACUCCAAAGGACAUCUAUCUCUUACAACACAAACGGGAGAAGCUGGCAAUAAAUGAAGUGCACCAAUACGUUUGUUGACGUCACGUGCUGCUGCUUUCACCGCGGGUUUUGAUGGUUGACUGCUUACCGCUGCUUACCUGGAACAUUGCUCAGCUACAGACAGUGAGAGAUGCCACCAAAGACGAGGUCCAGAGUGAGUAAAAGAACAGCAGAUUCAGGCAAAGUCAAUGAGGACGAAAUGGUUGGAGGCAAGAAGAAAGCUGCAGCUUCUGUUGAGCCGUUAAAAACUAAAGAGAGCUCAGAACCUCCGCAGUACAGUCGCUGGCUGAUGAAAUCUGAGCCCGAGAGCCGCUUUGAGAAGGAGAUUGACCUGAAGUUUGGGAUCGAGGAACUGAAGGCUUUGCCUGAUCAGACUGGCUGCUGGGACGGAGUGCGCAAUUAUCAGGCACGCAACUUUAUGAGGCAGAUGAAAGACGGGCAGUUGGCUUUCUUUUAUCACAGCAACUGCAAGGAGCCGGGGAUAGCAGGAAUCAUGAAAAUUGUAAAGGAAGCUUAUGUGGACCACACUCAGUUUGACAAGAAAGAUAUCCAUUUUGAUGCUAACAGUAAAGCAGACAACCCCAAAUGGAGCAUGGUAGACGUCCAAUAUCAAAGAAUGGUAAAGCGUUAUAUUCCUCUGUCUGAGCUGAAGAAGUACCACCUGCAGCACCGAGCCAAGGGAGGGCCUCUGAAGGACGUGGGACUUUUCACCAGAGCCAGGCUCUCUGUGCAGCCCCUAACCACUGAGGAGUUUGAGUUUAUCCUGACUUUGGAGGAUACGGAGCCUUUGUGAGGAUUUGGACCAGAUGAUGUGUAGUAUAGUUGACGGCAACCUCCGAGUCUAGUGGACGAAGACUGGAGGUCUGCGGCCCCCUACCCGCUCUCCUCCCUCGCAGCCUGCUCCAGAGCGCUCUCCGAGGCGGCCGAGCCCUCGAACCUCUGAGAGGCGAUGGCCGCCUGAUGGGACAUGCUCUUCCUCACCACGUCACCCUUCCUCCACAGUGUGAUUUCCUGCAUAGGUUAGGGGAGCACAGGGUUUUGGAUGUUUUUCAGUUAAUAUUACAUUUCAAUGUUUAUUGACUCCUUAUCCAUAGAAAGGUAAAAACAAUGUCAGUAAUCCUCGUGUUGCUCUCAUCAGUGAUUUGACUUUAUUUUAUCAUAUUAUUAUUUACAUGUGUCUAUCUACUGUCAACACACAUGCCAUUAUUAACUAGAGUGGAUUACUGUUAUCUAGUCAGUGUUGUAUAUUUAAAACAAUUGAAUUGAUCUAUUAAACUUUUUGUGAUUUGCUAUACAUUAAAUAAAUAACACAUGUACAAUGUAUAGCUAAAUGAAA